AACUCCACUCAAAGACCACGGAUCCUGUGUUGGAUCAUGACAGGGCCCGAGUACAUGGGAUCCAGAACCAGGCACAUCAGAGCGACAUGGGCCAGGCGCUGCAAUAAAGUUCUGUUCAUGAGCUCUGUCCAAACAGACUUCCCCACUGUGGGGCUGAAAACAAGCAAGGGGAGGGACGAGCUGUACUGGAAAACCAUCAGAGCCUUCCAGUACAUCCACCAGCAUCACCUGGAUGAGGCCGACUGGUUCCUCAAGACAGACGAUGACACGUUUGUUGUUGUGGAGAAUCUACGUUAUGUGUUGUCCAGAUUUGAUCCAGAGAAGCCGUUGUAUCUGGGCAGGAGGUUUAAACCGACAGUCAAACAGGGCAUGUCCGGAGGGCCGGGUUAUGUCCUCAGUAAAGAAGCGCUGAGACGAUUCAUCAGAGGCUUCGAUACGGAGAACUGUACCAACUUUUCUGACAUGGAGGACGUGGCUCUGGGGAAAUGUUUGGAGAUGAUGAAGGUGGAGCCGGCAGAUGUCAAAGGAACGCAAACGUUUCAUGUUUUUCCUUCAGACUAUGAACUGGUCAGACAACUCCCAAGAUCUCGGCGUGGGUUUCUGCUGUACGAGUACUAUGAUCCAACAGAGGGUCCAGGCUGCUGCUCAGAUUUAGCCGUGUCCUUUCACCACAUGGAUGGCAAGCAGAUGUACGUGUUGGAUUACCUGAUAUAUCACCUGCAGCCAUAUGGAUACAAAUACAGAUUUAAUCCCCAUUUGAACUGA